CGGGGGCAAUUUCGGCUGUUCAUUUUUUAGGAGAAAGAUCCCGGAAGGAAGUGUUUGAAAGUACAAGCCGGUAGGGAAGAAACCAAAAUCGGUCUCGAUCCUGCUAGAGACAUCAAAGGAAGAGGCUAUGGAGAAGGAGGAAGAGGUCCUUCGAGCGAUCCGAGAAAGAAGGGCGACGGAAGGACAUCGGAUACCAGAUGAGGUAGCGGAUACAAUGAAGAUAGGGGUAGACGGGUUUUUAACGGAAGAAGAAAACCGCCUGAUCAAAAGGACCUGCCAGGAAUUUCAUCUGGCGUUUGCCUUUAGUGAUCACCAGAAGGGACGGCUGGAUGCGAAGUUGAUCCCUCCGGUCAGAAUCCACAUGGUAGAACAUGAGUGUUGGAAUGACAAGGGGCCAUCCUAUGAAUUUGGGAUAGCGGGAGAAGUAACAGACCUCCUCCGAGCGAAGAUGGACUCCUUCGUUGUGGAGCCUACGACAUCGCCAUACGCAAAUCGGUGGUUCGUCUUUCGGAAGCCUAACAAGACACUAAGGUGGAUUCAGGAUCUGCAGAAGUUAAAAGCGGUAACCAUCCAGGAUGCUGACUCGCUACCUCAGACUGACUUAUUAGGAGAAUCGCACGCCGGACGAAGCAUUUACUCCCUGAUAGAUUUGUACUCAGGAUACGACCAGCUUCCAUUGGAUGUUCGGGACAGGCCAUACACCGCUAUGCACACCCCCGUAGGCCAGCUACAGAUGCAGGUGACACCUAUGGGAUUCACAAACGUGGUGGCUGAAGCGCAACGCAGGAUGCUCGCCAUGGCCGGGGACAUGUUCCCAGAAAAAUGUGAACCUUACAUCGAUGACAAUCCGAUCAAAGGCGCGCAGGAAAAGGACGAGACGGAAGUCCAGCCAGGGAUCCGACGUUUUGUGUGGGACCACCUGCAGGACAUCAAGGACUUACUCCGCCGGUUCCUAGUGUACAACAUUACGGUUAGUGGACCAAAGAGUAUUCUAGCAGUAAAAGAGGUGACUAUACUAGGAUUUCGUUGCGGUGCUUACGGCAGGAAGCCCGAUCCGGCAAAGACCGACAAGAUAUCACAGUGACCGACGCCAGUGCGCACGACGACGGAAGUAAGAGCAUUCCUAGGCGUGGUUGGCUUUUGGAGGAUCUUUAUUAAGAAUUUUGCCAAGAUCG